GGGGUCCCGAGGACCAGGUUUGGGAACCACUGCUGAAGAGUAUAUAUAGCUACCUCUUUUAUUUUUUUUUGAUUAAGGAUAAAGCACUCCACCUCGUGGACAAUCAGAACAUGCGCCAAAUGUGUGCAUCAUGUCACUACCGUUAAUUAACAUGUCUUUCAGGAAUACAACUUUUUUCAAUGUGGUGAGCCCCAGUGACAUGCAGCCCAAGAGGGAGCAGAGAGACAUGGAGCUGGACAAGAAGAUCCAGGCCCUGCGCCAGAAGAACCAGGCCCUCAUGAGGAGGUACCAGGAAGUGGAGGAGGACAAGAAGAAGGCGGAGGAGGAAGGGAAGGCCCUGCAGAACCGGAAGGGCAAAGCGGACGACCUGACCAUCACCAUUAACAAUUCCACCACUGAGCCCCGUGUGGUGGUGACCCGGCCAGGGGCAGGGCUGUGUGGGGAUGCCAGGGAGGGCUGUCCCCUGGGUGCUGGGCGAGCCAGGACCAGGCAGCUGCUGGUCACAAUGGCAGGGAACCACUCCAAGGGGGUGAAGCGGGUGGUGAGUGAGAGGAUGACCAGGAGGGGGCCCGGGCCCCACAACCACCCCCUGGAGGACAGGCCCCCGCGGGCAGCCUUGGAGGGUAGAGCCAGGCCUCCCUAUGGGGGGGAGACAGGAGCACAGGAUGAGAUGAGGCAGACAGAGGAGCGUUAUAGUGUGUUGGAGUGUGAGCUGUACUACCAGGUGCACCUGCCUCCUCUGCUGUCUCCUCUGCUGCCUCCGCUGCUGCCUCCGCUGCUGCCUCCUCUGCUGCCUCCUGUGCUGCCUCCUCUGCUGCCUCCUCUGCUGCCUCCUGUGCUGCCUCCUCUGCUGCCUCCUCUGCUGCCUCCUCUUCUGCCUCCUCUGCUGCCUCCUCUGCUGCCUCCUCUGCUGCCUCCUCUGCUGCCUCCUCUGCUGCCUCCUGUGCUGCCUCCUCUGCUGCCUCCUCUUCUGCCUCCUCUGCUGCCUCCUCUGCUGCCUCCUCUGCUGCCUCCUCUGGUUAUCAGCCCCCCCCUGGAGAACGCUGCCAGCAGGUUACGCAACGCCUUUGUUUCUCCUCUGUGGAAGCUGGAUGCGGAUGGAGAGCUGACGGGCCAGACUGAGCUCAGCGUCUCCAGAGAGGAGCAGCAGGAGUACCUGCGCUGGAAGAAGGAGCGCGAGCAGAUCGACCGAGAGAGAGUCGCUCGCCACAAAAACUCCAAGGGCCAAUGGAGGCGGGCCUGGGACCUGGACAAGACGGAUCACAUGUUUUCAGAUAAAUCCCAUGGAGAGAGAGACAGAGGGCCUCAAACUAAAGGUGGGAAGAGUGCAAGGAAAGGUUAUCCCAAAUCAGUUGCUGACUCAGGAGGCCACCAUACAAGGGGCAAAGGAGACGAGAGGGGCAAGAAGGUGCCCGUGGUGGGCAGCAAGGCCAAGGGCAAAGAUCGUCUGACUGGGCGUGCCAGAAGAUGGGAUGCUGAUGAGGACGGGGGUCUCUCACGGGCUUCUGAGACGAGCUUGGAAGAGUUUCUGGAGGAACUGGACGCCAUGGGAGAUCCAGAAGGGGACCAGCCCAUAGCGAAGACCCCAAGGGUCACAGAGGGUGACCCCAAAACAGAGUCUUCACCUCUUCUGGAGGUGGUCAGCGAGGAGGGGGUUGGUGUUGAGCAGCUGGCUGGGCUCCCCAGCUCUCUCCCAGACAACCCUCCUGAAGGUGAGACCGAGGCUGCGUCUCAUAAGAGCCCUGAAAAGAAAGUUCGCUUUUCAGACGAGCUCAUCCAAGAGGCCCGUCACAACGACGCCUGCCGUAGCAACACCAGACAUGAGUACGAGGAGCCCACAGACACCCAGGAAGCCAGUGCAGAGCAACCUGCUGGAGAAGCCCAGACACAGAGCUCUUUGGUCGGGCAAGGACAGCCGCCAAAAGCCCCUGAACCUCCUACGGCUCCCAAGACGGACCGUGGCGAUGUCUGCAGUCCUGCUCCCAGCUCCCCCACGGAGGAGAGAGCCUGUGGCCCUCCCCAGGACGUCUCUGCCCAGGACGUCUCUGCCCAGGACGUCUCUGCCCAGGACGUCUCUGCCCAGGACGUCUCUGCCCAGGACGUCUCUGCCCAGGACGUCUCUGCCCAGGACGUCUCUGCCCAGGACGUCUCUGUCCAGGACGUCUCUGUCCAGGACGUCUCUGUCCAGCCUGUAGAGCACGCCAAGAGCAUCAGCAGGAAGUCAGAGGAGCUGCUAGACUCCAGCCUGUCUGUUCUGACCCUGGAGUCAGGACAGAUGAACCCAGCACACACCACCAGCACUGAUAAGGCCAGAGAGCAUGGGAAGAUUGUCUAAAGGACUUCAUAUGUUGAAAUAUCACAUAACCUGAAGGACUUCCCAUAAGCUUUUUAACCGAUAAAGCACCUGCUUCCAUUUGCUCUUUAUUUGUAAUUGAGAAAGAUAACUCAAACUUGAGUUUGGAAGAAUCCAAGAUGGUUGAUGUUUUAGACGAGAAUGAUUAGAGCAUAGGGUCGUAAUAAGUGACUAAAAGUAUUUUCCUUUCUUGAAAAAAAAAAAAAAAGCUUAGCUUCCAAGCACUUUAUUCUUUGAGGUAAGAGUAUUGAUGAGCUCCACAUGACUGGAGCGUGUUGUCAUUUGAUUGCAGACAUGAAACGGCUGUCUUUGUUUACAUUUGAAGUUUUAUUUAAAGGUUCUACAAACAUUAAAGUUGAUGUAAAGGAACGUUCAGUUCCUGAUAGCUAAUCAGUUUGACUUGGACCCACCUGGCCUUGAGUUCACUACAUCCAAGUGCUGUGCCUGACUUUGCCUUAGUGGUCAUUUUAAAUGAUUUUAUGUAAUUAGCAUUAUAUGCUGAUAAUCCUCUCUGCCUUCUGUGUUGGUUUCUUUAGGUCAGAUCAGGGGCUCCGUUUGCACUUGUAAGCUAUCGAUUGAUGCAGUAUUCACCCGUUCAUUCAAAUAGUUUACAGUCUCAGAACAUCUUUAUUUUAACUGUAAAAAACACAAUACAAGUGCAUUAUCAUAUGGAGUAGCACUGUAGCACGUACUGUGUAUACAUUUUCUAAUACGAUUCCCAUUUGAAAAGAAAAGGAAUUUGUCUCAUAGUUGUGCCUUGAAUAUUGUUUCAAAUAUAUAAAAAGGUCACCACAACGUAUUUGGUUUGAAUGACAUGAAUUGUGUUCACUAACUUCAUUUGUUGAUUUAAUUAAUGUGUCCUUGUAUGACUACAAAAUGAAAUUGCUUAAGUUAGAGGAACUCUAUGCAUAGUGACGUAAGUAGAGAAUGAAAAUGACGACAAUAUCAUUAGAGGUCUGGAUCAUACUUUAAGCAUACUUAACCAUGACUUAACCAUGACUUAACCAUGACUUAGAGCCAUAACACAUUGUUAGUACUUUCCUCCCCUUGUCUCCAUCUUUAUUCAGUAGUGUUGCAGUCAUGAAGCUGUGCAGUUCAUCUCCACAGGUUUGGAACUGGAGACAUGAUCUGUUAGAAACACAAAAAUGCAUAAAGAUUGCAAAACCUGAGUAAUGAUAUUGUUGAACUGGACGAGGUAGGUAGUAUGAAGGUUAAGGUUUCUUCCUGAUCUUUCCUGAAUGUUGGCUGUUGGAUGAAGUGUUCGACACGUAAUGCAAUGUUGUUAAACGGUCUGGACUGUGAAAUAGAGACAGUAGAGAAUGUGGAUUCGAUUUGAAGGAGAACUAAUCCUGAUCUCGAAUGUUGUUUGUUGAUGGAAACGAGUUGACCUGGCUUCAAUCAGGUGUGUCUUCAUCUUUAAAGCGUAGUUACAUUUCAUGUACCCUGCUCAUCUGUUUAUUCAAGGUUUGUCUGAACGGUGUUCUAAGUGCGUCAUCACCAAACUUUGCUUAAUCACACUUGAAAGUAAACAAAGUGUUUGACUGACAAUAAUGCUCUGUUGGGUAUCUGCCGUGUGUCUCUCACUACCUGCUCCCUGUGGAUGCACACUGACAACCGAACGAUACAAAAGGAAAGAUGUAAAACGUGUUCCUGUGUGCACACACACAAGUUUGACCGUUAUGUCUAUAGAGCUGUUUACAGCUUCAGAACUCCAGAGGAAUGUUUGUCGGUAUAAUAAUGUCCAGGAUCUGUUGUUGAGGAUGGUGAUGCAGUGCACUAAUAAAGGCUCCUGUUUCAGACUGUUUCGGGG